AUGCCAGCGUCUGCAACGGGCGACCCGCAUCUGCAAAACAUCUACGGCGAACGGUUUGAUUUGAGGAGGCCUGGCAAGGCCGUUUUGAUCCAGAUCCCGCGCGGAAAGGCCGGCGACGACGCGCUGCUCACCGUCAUGGCGGAUGCGCGCCAGUUGGGCGCACAUUGUGGGGAACUGUAUCCAGCUACGCUGAACAUCACAGGGACGUGGGCCAACGAGGUGCGGACAGGCGGAUUUCUCUUCAGCACCGAGGAGGUGAACGGCGCGACUCUCCAGAUGCCCGGCUGGACGAAGCUUGGCCCUGUGGAGCUGAAGGUCGUACGCGGCUGCACGGACAAGGGUGUGAAAUACUUGAAUUUUUACGUCAAGCGCCUCGGAAAUGCUGGCGCCGAUGUCGGAGGGUUGCUGGGUGAAGACGACUACGCCGAUGCAGCAACUCCUUCCGAUGGAUGCCAACAAUUUAUUUCGUUGGGGAAGCGGACGACUUUGCAGGAGGACGCCUCUGAAGCUCUCGCGGGCUUCCAGUAG